AACUCUCAGAAUGAGAACUUUCAGAAAUUGUAUGGCUUGCCGACCGACGGAAAUCCGAUUGCCUUGUAUUCGUACGCUACGAGACGAAUACAACAACAUCGGAAAAACGUCGGUGAGCUGCAGAUUAGCUUUUUGGUCUGCUACCACUCGAUGUCAACCAUAUUUGUUGCUUCCAUAAAACAACAGCAACUUUUCAGAGAGAUCCAGAAGAGUGAGGUUUUGGAACGGGUCAAACAAAUACGAAAUGACGACUUUGAUUGGAUCGAUCGAGAAUUUGAGUGGCACCUAAAUAUGAGUUCAUCGAACAUUGAAAAGAUGACGUUUCAGGUGCUGAAUCGAGGGUUUCCCACCGAACGAAAAUCCGUCAUUCAGAGUGUGGACAACAUGAAAAAGAAUCGCUUCAUGGACGUUCUUCCUUACGAUGACAAUCGAGUAAAGAUUGAGAAUCAUCACAGUGAUUAUAUUAAUGCAAGCUUUAUUGAUGGUUACGACGUGAAACGAAAUUUCAUCGCGACUCAAGGCCCCAUUGGACACAACGAAACAAAUCAAGGAAAACGUGAAAGUACACUAGAAGACUUCUGGAUGAUGUUAUGGGAACAGAGUGUGCAAUGUGUUGUCAUGCUUACAGAAUGCGUUGAAAACCUAAGGCUGAAGUGUGCACAGUACUGGCCUGAUGAGGUGGGUGCAGAAUGUCAUUAUGGGAAGGUGAGCGUGAGGUUGGCCAGAUCGUAUUGCUGUGAUGAUAUUUGCACGUUGCGUGAAAUGCGUGUCAGUUAUGAGGGCAAUACGCGGAUGGUCACACAGUGGCACUAUAAAGAGUGGCAAGAUUGCAAAGGACCUCAGGAUGCGAGACAUUUGAUCAAAUUCAUAAGACGAGUCCGACAUGAGAACUCACCAGCAGACAGCACGACAUCGGAGAGGAGUUCGAUAGAGGAUCGUUAUGAUUACAUGAACACGACCAGCACAAGUAACACACUCACCCAGAUUGUUAUCAACGCGUGA